CCCCUGAUGACCCUUGACCUACAAAAAAUUAUGCACCAUUUCCGUGCCAGCCAUCUUUGUCCUGACUCGAAGACGUCGCGACUUCACAGAAAGAAAUCUUUUAGCCCGCCUUCCCUCAUACGGUGUGACUAUCAAGCAGCAUGUCCAGACAACAGGAGUUCAUCUGUGGCCUCUCCCAUGAGGUGACCAUAUCAGUCCUCCCCAGACUGAACAUGGAGGAGCUGAUGUUUGAACUCAACAGAAGGAUUCAAAACCUGGACAAAAAGAACAGCAUCAAGGACAGGUUGGUCAGUAUCCUUAGGGACGUGAUGUUGGAGGAAUACCGUCUGUUGGAAAGGACGUCAGAAGUCAGUUCCCCAGAAGAAAAGACAGUCACUAUUGCUGUGCAAAAUCAGGAGACAGCUAUCAUGCAAGAGAACGUUCUGACUGCGUGCGCUGAAACAAUGGUAUCAGAGACUUCAAGUUUCGAUGCCUCACAGCUGUCGGAUGGAGCAGGUAGACAUUGUCAUGAUGAGUUCAACAUCGACACUCCUACCUGCAGUACGCAGGUGCAGGAUACACUUACUUUAAUGAAUACCUCUUACUCCGAGAAGCAUGCGGAAAGCAAUACACCCUGUGAGGAAGCACCAUCAGCUUCUCGUCAUCUGCCUCCAGACCACGGUGACGUACAUAUAAAAAUGGAACGUCAUGUAUCUGAGGAUGAUCAAAUCUGGAUUGGGCAAGUUUCUCAACCUUACACGGAUCAAACUAAAUAUUAUGCUGACGGCAGAGAGACUAGUUUCAUUAAAGAGCACAGUAGAAAAGAAAGUAGUGGGGAAACACCUUUGGCUCCUUGUGAACCGACCCCAUAUGGAGAUUGUGAGAGCACUGAGUCUCUUCUUACGGACAGUAGCUCACGAAUAGAUUUGUGCGGAUUCAACACAACACGCGCAUGCAGUCUCUCCCAGCAUAGGAAAUUUGACAAACAAGAAAAUCCUUUGAUCUGCAGCGAAUGUGGUUACAGGGCACACAAUAAGAAUCGACUCGUCGAACACAUGAGAACACACACUGGCGAGAAGCCGUUCAAGUGUAAUCACUGCAACUACAAGACAUCAUAUAAACAAGAGUUAUUCUAUCAUAUGAAAACACACACAGACGCAGAACCUUACAGAUGUAAAAUCUGCGACUACCAAACCCACCGUAAGUCAAACUUUGAGACACAUAUGAUGCGGCACUCUGGCGUGAAACCCUACAAAUGUAAGGAAUGUGACUACAGAACGGCUCACAAGGGCGAUCUUAUUAAACACAAGAGGCGUCACACCGGUGAAAGACCCUAUAGUUGCCAAGAGUGUGACUACAAGGCGACAGUCAAGUGCAACCUCGUCCAGCAUAUGAGAAGCAAACACCAGUGAAACCACGGUCAGUUGCCAAUUGCCAACCAGAAAUAAAACAUCAACAUCAUAGAUAUCCUCGGUCUAAACUAUAUUUUCUUUUCUUUUUAUGUAUCUACUUUUUUAUACAA